CAGCAUGUGCUGCUGUCCUCCUGUUCAGUUUGUCGUGCUGCUCCUUUGCAUUAGUCACUAAGAAUCAUGCUCUCUUUUUACAUUCAGUUCGCCUGAGGUGAAAGAACGCUGGCUAGAUACUCUCCACUGGUAGGUACCACCUUGUAUAUGACAGCUAUUAACUACAUUAAUAAAAAGUAAAACCACAAAUUACAUUAAUAAGAAGUAAAAUAAUACAUUAAUAGUAAUGCAAGAAAGAACUGUAAGAUGUGUUCAUAGAAUACAAUAAUGUGGAAGAAUGAUCUUUUGUAUUUCUUUUUUAAACUAAAAAAAAAAAAAAAAAAAAAAAAAAAAAAACUUUUAAAACAGCAACACAUUUUUGUUGAUGAUAAAAUUAUUAACCAGUCCUUGGUUCUACUUUAUGAGGCCUUCUGCACACUUUGUAUGAGCAAUGAUACACUUUAAUGUAUGGAAGAUCCCAGAAUGUUACAGUACAAUACAGUACUGUAGCAACAAAAAAUAUUUUUAUUAAUUUAACAAAAUACUACUGAUGAAUCUAAAAUGUAAAUUAUUUUAUGUUGAAACUAAGAUUGUAGUUCUUAAUUAACCAACAGAUUAUACUGUUAAAUGCAAUAUUUAGAAAAGGGGUAAGAAUAUCAUGUACAUUUUUCUGAAAGGUUCAACUACUUUUUACAGGAAAAUUAAAGCAGCAAAACGUAAAGAAUCUCCCAACGUACCAUCAACAAAAUUACUCAUGAAGGUGUUAAGUAGCAGCAUUGCAUCUAAAACACUACCAGGAGGUAAUAUGGAUCCCUUCAUCGAGUCUGUUUUGGAAGGUGAUGCCAAAACAUACCACUUGUCAACACCAUGUGACAGUGAAGAUGGAACAUGUCAUCUGAUUGAAGGCAACAAGAAGAGUAAGAAAGUGUUGUCUUGGCAUUUUCUAAUGAAGAGGAGUUCCACACAGUCUGACUCCUCCACUCGUUCAGACCCAGAAAUGAAGACCCAGUUAUUCGGACAGCCUUUAUCCAUGCUCUGUGAUGAAGACGAGAAACUUCCCAAGCCCAUCAUGGAUAUUCUUACACUGUUGUUGAAGAAAGGCACUUCCACUGAAGGGAUUUUCAGAAAAGCAGCAAAUGCAAAGAUGUGCAAGGAGAUAAAGGAACAGCUAAAUGCUGGAACAGCGGUUGACAUGGACACAAGACCCAUUGUUCUUCUAGCUGCUGUCUUCAAGGAUUUCCUGAGGCACAUUCCAGACAGCUUGUUGUUGACUGAACUUUAUCUUCCCUGGGUGGCAUCAAUGGAGAUUGACAAUAUUAAUGAGAGAUACCACGACCUAAAACUAGUGGUGGAGAAGCUCCCAAGGCCUAACAUUCUCCUACUGCAACACUUCCUUUGUAUUCUUCACCACAUCAGCAAGAAUUCAGUGAUUAACAAGAUGGAUGCCAAAAAUCUUGCUGUUUGCAUUGCACCAAACAUGCUUUUGCCUGACAGCACAUUAUCUCUUGAAGUGCAAAAAGAGAUGACUGAAAAGAUUACAACUUUGACAGAGUUUCUAAUUGAAAACUGUUGUGAAAUAUUUGGAGAUAACAUCGCAUCUUUGCUUGGUGAGCCAUAUGAAGAGGAACUGACUGAUAGCUCAGAUACAUUAUCAUCCCACCAAAAUGACUCUGCAUACGACAGCACAGACCCAGAUGUUGAUGGAGACUCUCAGAGCCUAAGCACAAAGCAACAAAAAGACACUGGCUGCAGUCUGGAACUAACUGAAAAUGAACAAAUGUCUUCAACUUGUGAAAAUAAGUCUACUUCUGAUAUUUCUGAAACAUUCAAAAAAAGGAUAAAUAGGAGGUGCUCAGAGCCUAACAUUUUGGCUCAUAACCCUUCAGUUGGUAUAAAAUGUCAAAAGCUGACUCGGAGCCAAGGUGACUUCUCAGAGGACCUAAGCUUUGAAGACCAGCAACUUAAAACACAAAACUCGGACAAUUGUUUUGUGACACAGUGUUUCAGGGACAACAAGCCUGCAAGUCUGAAGCUGAGCAACAUUUUGCAGAAGGAACUGCCAACAGCUCCUUCCUCUAAAGCUUCUUCAACUUGCUCCCUGGAAAGCACAUUUUCCAAUGUUUCUGACAACUCUGUCUUUACCAGCUCUCCUCUGGCAUCCCCAUCUAGCCCCAAAAGGUCUUUCUUUGCUAGGCACCAGUCUUUCUCUGCCAGAGCUACUGAUGACAACGAGAAACAUGAGAAAGAACUGAAGAAACACUCUCUGUCCUUUUCUAUAAGGAAUGACAAGAAGCCCUUAUUCAAAACAAAAAGCUGGGGACCAACCAGCUUCAACAGGAACAGCCUAAAGAAAGACUCUCAGAAAGAAAGCCAGUUCUCAUGUGACACACUUCAGGAAGACUCUCAAAAUGAAGCAGCAGAACCACAGCCCAGAGCUCGUACAACAUCAAUUUCAACUGAGGAGGUCUUUCAGCAAGUAGACAGCAAAAAACCGGGCCAGCCCCCAUCUUAUGAACAGGCUAUCUGGAGCCGAACUUCUCUUGCUCCCCCUGAAUAUAGGUUCAUGACAGUGCAAGAUGCUAGAAACAAAUUGUCAACAGAUAGAAAGACCAGACCAUAUUCAGUAACAGAGAACCUCUUGAAUCCCAUAACUAAUAGUACAUUUGGUUACAAGGAGAGAGACAAUAUUAAUGACAGCAAUAUAGUAUCUGAAAAAUCAACAGUAUUCCGUCACAGAGCCAUGUCUGAAUCCAUAUCAAGAACUAGGCAUGACUGGGUGCAGCGUAGGUGUAGCCAACCCCUUUUUGAGGAUAUUUCAUAUGCUAAGGAAUCAUAUGUGUAAAUAUGAUGCUUGUUUACUGUACAUGUGUAAAUAUUUGUGUAUUGUACAUAUAUAGACUCACCCCAGCCAACACAGACUAGGAGCAAUAGAACAAAUAUAUUCAUAUAUUUGUCAGAAUCUGCACAGACUCAGCAUCUGUUUCCACAUUAAAAGCUACCUGUAACUAGUCGAUUAGUAAAAGUAAACUUUAUACAGCACUUGUUCUGUAUAUAUACAGAAAAGCUAUGCACAAAAUUAAAUUAGCUAUAUAUCCAUAUUUAUACUAUACAUCAAACAUAUUAAUGUUGUGCUAACUUUUUGAUAGCAUAAUGUCUUUAUAUAUUUACUGUAUAUAUU